AUGACCAGGCAUGUGCCAACAGUUUUCGAUGGACGGUUGGCUGAUCCAAGUGACACAGUUCAGGGAAUGCGGGUCCGAGCAUUGUUGCAGGUUGCAACAUGGCUACUUGGCAGACCAGGGACGCUUCACGACUUGCUGGAUCUGGUGAACGCCCAACACUUCCUCGAGUCCCGUGAGACGACUCACCAAAGAUCAUCCUCUUGGCCUACCCUGGAAGGGUUUUGUAGAUAUUUACGGGAACCAGUUCCAGCGGAAUUCACACUUGCACCCGUCAACAGUGUCGCAGGACUUCUUCACUGGAGAGUUCUGUACCUGUUGGCAGCCUUGCUGCAGCCCAGGGAUCGCCUUUAUUGGAUGGAGCAGUUUGCUUUUCCUCCAACAGUGGUUGAAUCUCUCCCAGAAGCAGUGGACAGUCAUUUCCACCCUGAUCGGCUCAGACGUGCCGCAUAUAUUCACGGCACCAUGGAGGACGUUUUAGCUUUGGGAGUAGAGCAGCAGGUGGUAAGACUCAAGCUUAAACACGUGAUGGCAAGUUUCUGCGACCCAGAGACGUACCAAUCGUCAAGAGAUGUUGAUACUUUUCCACCGGAAGUCAUCGUGGCGGUUGGGAUUCACCCUAAACAUGCAGCAAACCCGAAGAGGUUUCUCACAGACGCUUUGGAGAGGUUGAGCAGUUUGCUCACUAAUCCUCGGGUUGUGGCAAUUGGUGAAGUAGGGUUGGGUUACUCGGUGGACCAGGCAGACUGGUGGUACCAGAUGAAGCUGCUGCCGAAACUCCUGCCCAUCAUCCGAGAAAACAAGGUUCUGGUGCUCCACUGUCGGGGAAUUACCGGAGACAAUGGAAUGAAGGCUCAUCUGUUGUUGCUUCACCUUUUAAAGCCCCUUUCAAGACAACAGAGGAUUCAGCUCCAUGCCUUCAAUGGGAACCAACUGGUGGUCGGGUGGUGGCUGGAAGUUUUCCCUAACACCCACUUCAGUUUUAACAGGAGUGUUGAAAACUUCACCCCGGAGCAAGUGGCCGCUGUAGUCAGCAUGCCUGAGGAUCUGCUCCUUAUUGAAACAGACGCCCCUUACUUUACCAGGCCCCAUAUGAGGUUUUCGGCGCCAGCGAAAAUUGGGGAUGUGGCGGCGAUGUUGGCGGGACUUCGAGGGGUGACGACGCCGUAUAUCCUGGAGUUCACCACAAGAAACGCCAUCAACAUGUUUGGUGAGAUCCCCACAGGGCAGGUUGCCCUGUAG